AUGAAGUUCCGGUUUUCCUUGGUGAGCAACAAGGAAGAAGGUUCCGCGCUUCCACCAGACUUGCUUGAUUUGGAUGAGGAAGUCUUUUACUUGCGUGUUGAAAGAUCCGUUCGGGAGGGUCGCAAGCACGACGGGAAGGUCAUUGCAGAGGUCGAGCAGCAUUUGAAUAAGCACCAGUUUGGACGCCACCUUCCAGCAAAACAGGCGAAGAAGGCUAUGACAGAGCUGGGAAUUCCCGCGGAGCACAUUCCAAGUGAUCGAGCUUUAGAUGGUGUCAGACACCGACAUUUGGAAGAGGCCAAAUCCUAUGACGGCAAGUUUGUUUCCACAUUUCGAGCUUUUUGCCAGCACCCACCCUUGCCAGUCGCUGUGCUUCACACGGAAGAGACACCUCUGGUUUCAGAAGAAACGGUUCGGGUCUUGUUUUACGAGCAAGAGAACUUGGAUGCCGUGAUUGCCUACCUUGGCACACAGGAUCGGUGUGUGCUCGUCAUGGAUGCCACAUUCAAGACCAAUGUGCAGGAUCUUGUGUUAGCUAGCCUCGGACUGGUCGUCUUGCACCAGGUUGGCGGAGUGGUGCGCAAUCGAUUCUGGCCGGUAGUUUGUGCUGUGUGUGACAAGGAAGAUGAACCGUGUUAUGCACUCUUAUGUCGAUCUUUCCAGAAGCUAUUGGAAGCUUCGGGUUUGGAUUGGAAGAAACUGGUGACGAAUGUGGUCAUGGAUGGUGCAGGCGGUGCCAUCAAUGCGACAAGUGCAUGCUUUCCAGACGCUACUUUGCACCGGGACUUAGAACACAUAAAGCUGCUGCUGGGAAAGCUGCCUUGGGGUAACGCAGCGGAGCUUGUAGGUUUGUUUGAGGAGAAAUUCGCGGAUUACUUGGAGAAGUGGGUCUUGCAGAAGAAAGGCUUGUGGUGGAGCGCAGAUUGGCAGAGUGGUCUCGGUCAAGUGUGCCCGGGUUACGGCACUUAUGUGUCGAAUUCCCAAGAGCGGGCUUGGCGUUCGAUCAAAGGUCUUUUCAAGAAAGGCUUCCGACACCAGGAUGUCAGCCAAUUGGUGCGUGAAACAGCCGUGACCCUGCAGACUCUGGUGCACGGAGGACAGUAUGCCAAAGCAUGCUUUCAGAUCGAGGAGCCUCCUGAGUCACUUGCGUACAGUGCGAAAAGGUUAAAGUCCGAGCAAGAUGAUGAAGGAACCCAAUCCCACCGGCUCACGUUGGACUUGAUGCAGCAGUGGCGAGAUAAGGAAGGUGACGCAAACACCUUUCUCAAGUACGAGACUGCGGGCCGCAUCAUGGUAGACUGUCGGACGGUGGACAUUACUUCAGUCAUCGUUAUGCCAAAGUACAAAUUGGAGUAUGCCAAGAACAAGAAAAGGGACAUGGUGCAGCGGUUGGACUUGGCACUUUGUUCUUUGUAUGAAGAUGGUGAAGCUGCUUUUCGCACUGCUUUGGGAAACCCAAGGCAGUGGUCCUUUUCCAUGCAUAAAAAAUUGUUCUACAAGUACACUGUGAUGUAUGUGCUUAGCACGGGCCGUGUCGUGGAUGAACAUCCACAUUUUGUGCACAGUAGCUGCAGCGAGCAGGCUUUCUUUUACAAAUCCGUGUUAGGCAGCUUGAAUCUGCACCCCAUUGCAAGGGGCCCCAAGAUUCUCAAAGCCAGGCAAGCGUCUCGCAAAGGCAGGAGCUGCGGCCACUCACCUGUGCAGGCAAGCGCCGCCACCAGCAAAACCGCGCGUUAUUCGCUUUGA